AGUCUGCAAGACGGUAUGGCUUCGGCUACUUCACCAAAUGGCAAGUAAACAAAUGCUUUUCUAGGUUAGGUUACAAAGUGCACGCCUUGAUCGCUGCGCAUACUUGUGUGCGGAAGUUGUUUCGAUCAACGCAGCUUGGCCGAAUGACUCGGCAUUCGUGGAGGAAUAAUUUUGCGGGCGUUGCGCGAAAUUUCGAAAUGCUGCAUCACCUCGACUUCGAGUAUUAGUGCAGAUGUUCAAGUCAAAAUGGAAUAUCCAGAAGUCGAUGUCGAAGAAGACAAUGCAAGUGACUUUAGUUCAAGCAUUAGCGUUGAACAUAUAAGGAGGAUACCUGGUCAAACUAUCUUACAUCAGGAUGCAGUUUAUAAUAUGUGGACAUCAAAAGCUACAGCGUGUUUGAUAAGUCAGUAUAAGAAAUAUCGAUCAAUGGUUGGACAAUCGACGCAGUUCAGGAGUCUCAGAGAUAUGUUUGAUAUAAUAUCAGUGGAAAUGCAGAAAAAUGGCUUCUACUUCAGUGCACAGAAAUGCGAAAACAAAUGGAGAGUUUUAGAGCGAAAGUACAAAAAUUUGGUAUUAAGAGAGAUGUUGAAAAAACCUGGCAGAAUAAAGCACUACGGGCAUUGGGAACAUAAGAAAGCAUUGGAUGAAAUUUUCAAUGAAAAGAGAAAAUCUGUCUACUUACAAGAGAGCGAAUAUCCACCAGUUGGAAAUUCAACAAAGUAUGCAUUGAUUUUACCAAAGCCAGUAACCCAGGCUGUAGCAAAUACGAAUGAAAAAUCCAAAACAGAGGCCGAAGAAGCUAAACGAAUUGCAAAUAUUGAAGCUAGCGAUCCAUUAGCUAUACCACCAAGCGUUGCAACAACAGAACAUGUAGUAGUAGAAUCACCAAAAAGGAAAACUAGUGCUCCUGCUCUGGAGAAAUUAUUGGAAGAUUUAAAGCGCCAGUUACAGGAGUCCGAGAAGAACAAAGAAAGAAGACAUCUGGAGAAAAUGGAAGUGCGUCAAAAAGAACUUAAGGUACAAGAGAGGUUGUUAAAGAUAAAGGAACAAAAAUUAGAGUUACAAAAACAAAAAAUUCUUGCUGUGGCACAAAGUCUCAAGUUGAAUCUCUUAUAAUUGGGUUGAGUUUUGACACCAAAGUUCAACAUAAAUGACUCCACGUUGUUGAAAAUUGUUAUUAGUGUUAAAUUAUUAUGAGAGAGAUCGAGACAGAGACUAAUAGCAGAUAUAUUUUGUAAAAUAUUUGUGAAGAAUUUUUCUAGACUCUGAAACGUAGUCGACUUACCGUAUGAGUUUCUGUAGAUAAAAGGCCUGUGCCGGCCUUCGAGAAAACCGGUAGAUGGAACCAUCAUCGCCGCAAGCUCGUAUUGCCGAUAAAGACACUCGCUGCAGUUUGCAGACGUUGAAAGAUUAUAGAAUUUGCGAAUGAAGAUUAACAAGUUAACGAUUUACUACAUGUAUAAGACACUUUGAAUGUGCUUUCAUAGUGGAAAGCAGUUUAAUGAUAUUAUAAUUUAAUCGCUUAAAGUAACUAAAAUAUCACCAUUGUACAAAGAAGACUCAUUUGUAUGUUCAUUGUUGUACUAAUAAGUUUACAUUUAAAUAUUUUGACCACGGCAGGAUAAAAGCGCGUCAGAAUAAUAAUAAUUUAUUUAAAAUGAUCAGUCAAUCGAUAAGUUCUGUUGAUAUAGACAAUAAGACGAAUAAAAGUUUAUUUUGAAGACCAAA